CAAAAGGCUGCAACGAAGCAUGAGUCCCAGUCAUACAGUCAUUCAUGCAGCCGUGGAAAAGUUGUCUGUGGCAACAUGAAACGAAACUGUGCCGGCGGCUCGACCGAGGCUUUUAUAAGUGAUCAGUGCGGGAGAGUUUUGGAUAAAAGCUUGUGAGCAAAGAACAUAAACAGCGAGUGCUUCAGCAGUGGGCCAAGAUAUUACACUCGUAGCAGAAGGUACUUAGAAGCUUUAAUUGAAAUGCCUCUAGAAGAAAUAAUAGCGAAGGAAAAUGAAAUUCUUGCAACGAUGUUACUUGAGGGAGACGUGGGCUCGUAGCAAUCUAUGCCUUAUUACGGCCUUAUGAAAGAAGAAGUGUUUGUGUGCAGCACUGCUCCACCAGCAAAGUGCAUUUAUCAACUGUAAGUGAUACGUUUCCCCACUGGAAAUAAUAACAAUUCAUGCAGAGCUGCAGUGUUAAUGAGCGUUCGUAAAUGCCCCGCUGCAGCUCAUAUACUGUGCGUAAGCAGCUCCGGCCCCGUACGUCUCCGCAUUAGAAUCAGUUUACAGCACAAUUUGUGGUUCAGUUCAUCCAGUUAUCAGAGGAACAGUUGAUUUCAAAUGAUGCUCAUCCGAUAAUUUGUCUUUUGUGCGAAAGAGGCUCCUUCAGAAAGCUUAAAUCCUAACAUUGCAACAACACUGCAUCAGAUCUUAUAACGUGUCAGUGAAGUAAAGCAUAAAGAAAGCAUCACUUCAAUGUGUUGUGCAGGACGUGAUGGUUAAAGACAUUUCAGACAUAAGAAGAGCAGUUUUCUGUGUCUCGUGGUGUGUAAUCACAGCAACCUGAUUCUUUGGAAAUGUUAUAUCUGGGCAUAAACUGCUUAGAACUGAGAAAAUGUCCCUAAUUAACAGCACCUUGAACCAUUGAGUCCCUGAGCUCGUGUGAUGGUGCAGAGAAAAUUGGCUUCAGUAAGUAAACGUUGUUUGUCUUCUUUCUUCAAGUAUUAUUCAUCUCAAUUUCCUGUCUCCCUAAGUGUGCGCUUGCCUCCAUAUGAGCUGAAAUCAAUGACAUCAUCGCUAUGAAGUGCAAGUCGGGCCUCGUCGCCGACCGAGGAGCAACAGCGGCCAGUUGAAGACCAUCACUCACCGUUUUGUGACAUUUCACAUAUUAGCUCUGACUGGAAGGUGAGCGAGCGGCGGGCGCUGCCAACGCCGCUGAAAAGUUACACUCUGCAGCCCUCAGCCACUUUCAGCUCAUUAUUUUGGUUCACUGGUCCGUCUGGUUGAGGUCCAGUGACUCUCGCCAGCCCCGGCAUAUGAAAGGCAUGGGCCGCUGCCAGCUCUCAGCCUCAGAAACAGAUCCACGGCGCUUUUGCAGCAAGGAAAGGCUGAAAAACCAGGCUAAAGGGCGAACGCUGCACAUGACAGCGUCACACGGCUAAUCUGUUAGCAUUAGCAGUUAGGUGGAACCAUCCGAAAUGUUUGUGGUGGCUGCGAUGAGGUCAUGUUCUGAUGCUGUUUAGAGCUGGAUCAGAUGAUCAGUGGUUAUAAUAAUGAGCAUGUUCUGCUUUAUUUAGGCAGCUGAGUAGCAUGUUUUUGCAUUUCUGCCCCACCGUGAGCCGUGAUUCAUGCGAACGUUUAAUCCGGUGCAACGUCUUCGUCACCUGCCAACAGCAGCGGGUCUGACACAGCUUUAAAAGGUGGAGCUGGACGAAGCGGGACGCUGUGAGUUUCCCAUCACGCGUGAGUGUGUGUUGUGCUGUGUCUGCUCCAUGUGACACACUUUCUCAUUUCCACUGCAGUGUUUUUCUCCGAGGGCACCCUGCUGUGCACCGACAGGCAUUCAGGCCGAACUUCUGUGCAAACUGGCCUGAUACGUCUCUCUCCACUAAUAAUGAAAAUGUGCACAGCUUUCACGCCUUAUUGUUUAAAUUUUAAUAUCAGCUCGACAACGUUGUCGGUAUAAUUGCUUUGUCUCGCAUUGUCUCCGUUGUGUUUACUCUGUCGCUUUUAACUGUUCCUAUUAAAUUUGUCCAGUUGCUGCUCUGUGACAUUAAUAUUAGCCAUUACACGCUGAUGCCUUUUAAAGGUGGUCAAUACAGUAAAAGGGCCGCGUUUGUGGCGCUAAUUAAAUUUCAACCGUGCGGUCUCCGUGUAAACAGCGGCUUCAUCUGCUGCUCUCGGAGUCUGGUAUUUUUCCAAAUAAGCUCCAUCCUCCUGCGCUGUCACUUCCACUGACAAAUGUCUUCAUCAUGCCAAGCAGAGAGAAGCUCAUAUUUAAGCUUUUAUAGAGUUCAGUUUCCUCCACUGAAGGCAAGAUGGAAAUUGUGCUUAUUUAAGACGCCUGGAUGCCUAAGGGCUGUAGAAAUAAGGUUACAUACUGUAUGACCAACCUUAACCCCCAGCGUGGUUUAUUUAAUAAUGUAUUGUCUGUGUCUCUAUACCCAAACAUGAAGACAGCUACUGAUGCAUACACACAGACAGAGUUUGUGCCCUUUUAUUUUCACCAAGUGCCAACAACCGCAUUUCAGGUCACUUGUAAUCCAGUUCCAGUUGUUUGCAUCAGCUUGUCUAAUUAUUAUGCAGCCUCUUUUCUGCUUUUAUUUCCACCAAAUAUAUAAAUAACACAUUCUUCCCUAUUUUGCCUUUCGUAUACGCACGUGUCCGUGCCAGUUUGAUUCACAGACGGAGCUAAUGACUCAUCCUGACGUGACGGCCCGCUGGCAGUGUUCCUUUGGGGACAGAAAGAGGUGAAAGAGGGCAGGGAUUUGGGGUUUACUCCCACUCCUCCUCUCAGGGUUGAACGUCCUUCCGAGGGGCUUUAGAGAAGCAGUAAUCCACUGCGAUGGGAGGGAGCGCUUCCCUGGGACACGUCGCACGGCCGACCGCCACGGAGGAGGAAGGAAGUCGGAAUCGCUUUGCACACAACGAGGAGAGAAUCACUCACACUCUCAUUUGGCCUUGAACACGAAUAAUUCAUAAUAACGCACAAACACGCACUGUCGAAUAUAAACUAGCUGAUUUUUUUAAAUGGGAGACCAUGCGUUUAACAGGGGAAAGGGUGCUGCUGGAGUGAGUGACAGGACAGAUGUCAGAACACAGAGCAUGACGACCACCACAGCAUUUGCACCACCAGAUGGUGGUGGUGUAACCUUUGUGAUCCAAGGCUAGGAACACUGACCUUUGCUUCCUCCAGCAAAUUUUCAGGAGGAUGAUGAUCUUGUGUGUUGCCAGUUCAGCAACAAACAUGUGAGAUCUGGGGAAUUCUCAAUUCUCCAGUUACAUCAUCUUUCUGGGUUCCUGGGGAUGAUGGAAUUACUCUUGUUCAAUAACUUAAAAGUAGCUCCUCUCAAGAUAUUCAAGUGUUUACCGUGUUUACUUAAGGAUGUCUUAAUUUACCUUAAUCUAUUUAUUGCUUAAAACCGAUAACAAUUGUAAGAAGUCGUCUUUUUUUGCCGUCGCCAUGUACUGAACUGUACAGCACUUGGGUCAGCAGACUAACGUGCUGAACUAAUACUACUGUUCCAUACAGUAUCUCCGGUGUCUAACGUCAGCAGGUUAAUAAUGUGCGUGCAAGCAUGUGCUUGUGUUGACGCUAGCUUUACAUAAAUGCUAACAUCGACAUAACAAAACCCUGGAUCACACAGAGCUGCUAUUGGAUCAUGGGUAAAACGAGAAGAAUGGGGUGAAAUCUUUUAAUUAACAAACCUUAGUUGCAAAGAAACACGUUACAUGACUAAUUUUACCACAGAUGAUAAAAUACGAUAGUGUGGAAGCGACAGUCUGAAAUAUUUUCCACUGACAGAGUCUCGUUAUUUGAUUUUAAAGACGGCUUUAAUGUUGGAAGACAGCGUUGGUUUGGUGCAGCAACACAGAGCGGGUCAGAUCUGCGGCCUUGAAAAUGUGAGAAACAGCUUGUUAGUCAGAAACAUCACUUCAGGCACGCUCACAUCUCGUUAUAACAAGGGGAUUGACAGUCAACACAGCAGUGAGGUCGUUGUGAUUUCCUUCAUUUAUGGAGACUGUUCAAAAUUACAUAAAUAUGUAAUAUGACAAUGACGUUUGUAAGAAAUGUAUUUUCACUAACUAUUAGGAAACAUUUUUUAUCCUCUUGUUUAUCCUCUUGUCUUGUUUAUAAUUUUAUUAUCGAGUCAGACUCAUUCUGUUCACUUUACGCAGAAGGGCUACAGGUAUAUUUGAAGAAAGCAUCUCUAGUUGUAGUAAUUAAUAAAUGAAGUCACAAUUACAUUUUAAAAAGUGGUGAGAAAUAAUAAUAAUAAUAAGAAUAAGAAUAAGAGAAUAUUAAAAAAACAUGAGCACACUGACUUCAGUUAACAUUUUCUCUCAAUCAUAGUUGAGUUCCAUUAAACCUCUGUCUGUGUCCGUACGUGUCCAGCAGGUGGCAGAACAGAGUUGUUUAUUAGAAUUAGAAGGUACAGACUACUGUAUUUAUUCACUACCUAUUUUGUGGAUGGGUUGACUUUGAAUACAUUUUAUUUAUUUUAUAUUUUAUUUAUAGUAAUAUACAAAUUACAAAUUAAAAAAUUGGCCUCAAACAAAACAUUCUUUAGGUUGUUGUUUGAAAAAGAUAUUGUCUGGUGUGGCUCAGUGAGUGUCUAUAUAACCCUGAUGCCCUGAACCAGAGAAAUGAUCCUAGCUGAUUUAUGUUGUCAAUAUGACAUUAAUAAGACAUUGAGCGUGACAUCGCCCCAGUGAAAACUGAUUUGGACCCAUAAUUGUCACCAAGCAAUGAGUGAGUGUUAUGCUAUAGUGUGUGUGUGUGUGUGUGUGUGUGUGUGUGUGUGUGUGUGUGUGUGUGUGUGUGUGUGUGUGUGUGUGUGUGUGUGUGUGUGCGACACAUGUUGAAAGCCAUUUUAAAAACUAAAACAACACUGACAAGCCUCAUAGGCCAACUGUGACACACAGAGAUUAAUAAUUCCAUUACUUGGCUCCAGGUGCCAGUUUUCCCAUAAGGACAGAAACAGGGGAGAGCGAGGAAGAGAGGGAGGGGACAAAACAGAGAGAAGAGACAGAGGUUGUACACCAAGGCAGGGCCAGACCAGAGACUGCUCAUGAUGUGGGACCGGGGUGAGAUGUGAGAUGGGUUCUGACAGAUAUUAAGGACAAAGCAUGAGGGUCGGCAUAGGAGGACGAUAAUACACCUGCACUAUAAAUCCUCCUUCCCCUUUGACAGUGAUAAACUUGAAGCUACAGUGUGACGUGAAGGGCAUCCAGUGGUGAUUGAGGCUGUUUGGACCCCAUAAUGUGCACCGCCCUCCGCUGGCUGGUGCUGGUGCCCUUCAUCGCUCUCACCAUCGGCGGCAACGUGAUGGUGUGCCUGGCCGUGUGGCUCAGCCGCCGGCUGCGGCGCGUCGCCAACUGCUUCGUGGUGUCGCUGGCCGUGACCGACCUCCUGCUGGGCCUCCUGGUGCUGCCCCUCUCCGCCGCCGUGGAGCUGCGGGGCCAGAGGUGGCCCCUGGGAGGAGCCCUGUGCAACGCGUACGUCUCGCUGGACGCCAUGCUGUGCACGGCCUCCAUCGUGACCCUGCUGGCCAUCAGCGCCGACCGCUACCUGGCCAUUUCGGCGCCGCUCAGCUACUGUCGGCGGGUCACGCCUGCGAGGGCGGCCGCGGCCCUCGUCGCCAUCUGGGCCUGGUCGCUGGCUGUGUCCUUCGUGCCGAUCCACCUGGGCUGGAACACGGCAGACUACAGCGUGCAGCACCUGGACUGGGCCACGGGGGCUGAGGAGGAGGAGGGACGCUACUGUCACUUUGAAUGGAAUAACAACUACGUUCUCAUUUACGCCUUCGGCCUGUUUUACCUGCCUCUGCUGCUUAUGUGCGGAAUGUACCUUCGAAUCUUCAGAGUGGCGCGAGAGCAGGUGCACCGCAUCCGUGCUGCCACUCCGUCCUUUGCUCGCAGGGCGUCGACUUCGGCCGUGGCCCGUGAGCACAAGGCCACCGUGACCCUGGCGGCCGUCCUGGGGGCCUUCGUCCUCUGCUGGUUUCCCUACUUCACCUACCUCACCUACACGGGCGUGAAGGAAGAGACAGCGCCCCCCGACACGCUGUCCUCUGUGGUCCUGUGGCUGGGCUAUUUUAACUCCACCCUCAACCCCAUCCUGUACCCGGCCUUCAACAGAGAUUUCCGCCGGGCCUACGCAGAACUGCUCCGCUGCAGAGGUCUGUGUGACAGGAAAACACAGCGUGGGCGUGUACCUGUGCAGAAACAGCUGACCUUCGCUAAGGGACAAACGUCUGCGAGUCAGAGUGAGGAAAGCAAACAAGGGGGGAAACUCUGACUCUGGUGAAAUGCUGUGAAUGUGAUGGACUAUAUUGAUUGGCAGCAAAAUAACAAUAAGCUCAUAAUGACAACUGCCCACUAACGCUGUUGUAUCAUGUUAUAACUUUCUAAAUAUUAUAUAUAUAUAUAUAUAUCAUAUAUAUACACAACAGAAUGUGUGCUAAACUGAACAAACGGCAUAGAGUUUAUUUACAUUUUACAUUUCCAGCCUUAGUGACAAACUGUGUGGGCUGAGAGUGGCUCUAAUUGAACCUGAAUAAACAUUCAUCCAAUGACAGAGGAGGAGAUCUCUUCACAAAAAAAAAUCCUCCUGUCACCCACUCACCCUGUUAGGACAAGGAGUGGAGGGGUGGAUGAGGCCUGAAAGAGCCACGCAUCACAUGGAAGUAAUUGCGAUAUUAACUCUGCUCUAUCAAUUUUACCUUUAUAUACAGUGAAGGUGUUCCAAAGAACGUCUGGCUAAGCCCGUGGUCUCUUAUAAAUACGCACGUACAAGAAGCUGCAUGCAAAUCAACAGACCGUGUUCUGUUCUAAUCAAAUGUGCCUCCACUAGAUGGCAGCAAAAACAGCUGUUCAUUAAAACCAAUACUCCUGACAACAUGCUUCCUUCCUCCCUGUGGCAUGAAGCGAUGGGGUCAGGCAACAGGGCAAACAGCAGGUCUGCUCUGGUUGAUGGUGCAGUUAAACAUCCUGAUGACAGUUCGACAGAUUCGUUUACUGCUUGUUGGUGAACGUGUGCUGGUGGUUGGUGUUUGUGAAGUCGCAUGUCCACAGACUGCAUGUACCUGUGACUGUAGCCAGACUGUUAUUGUAUGUAAUCCUAUGCGUGUCUCUCAUUUCAGAUAAAGAUAAUAUUUUAUUAGUUACAUCACAUGCAGCUCAUUUAAUCUUCUUUGUUUGCAUUAAUACUUUUACUUCCUUUAAUUAAAGAUUGACAAUACUCAUCCAUGUAGGUAAUUGCUACAUUGUUAUUAUUUUUAACCAGUUGAGUUUAUUAAAAACUGUGGACAGAUGAUCAUCAUUUUAGGCUUUUUGCACCCUUACUGGCACCUUUUUACCUUUUCAGGGUUCCAGCCAUU